AUUUUGUUUUUAUCAAAUUGUUUACCUUUUCUAUACCAACUUUGAAUUAAAAUAAACAUUUUCUGGUUCCAGGCCUAAGGGCGAAUUCUCAAUUUGCAUUUUCUUAUUUUUCUCCUUACUAAUUAUUGAAAUUUUUAUAACUAUCGUACCUGAAAUCGAAACAAUCUUGAUUACAGUUUUGAAUAUUCUUGCUCCUUAUGCUAAUUUUAGACUAGCUCCACUGUAUAAAGUCUUAAUUUUCAGGAUCAUUCAUACUGAAAUCCAACAAUUUCAACCAUGUGUAAAACUACCAUGUUUCUAGUACUUUGGGUUAUUCUGGGAGUUGAAUCUUCCACUGGAACAAAUAUAAGUCCUAAUGAUCUCACAUGUGUGGAUCAGUUUUCAUGGUGUCCGAAUUUUGAAAUCCAAUGCAGUACCGUUCCACUUAUAAGAUCGUGGUGCAAGAAAACAUGCAGUAUCUGUUCAACUGAAGAAUUUGCAGAAUGCAGGGUGUUAAACUGCAGUCAAAGUUGCGCACAGUCUAAUGGAACUGGUAACUACAAAUGCGGUUGCUACAGUGGGUUUCGACUUAACCCUGACAACCAGACCUGCUCAGAUAUAAAUGAAUGCAUUGAAAACCCUUCGUUAUGUAAUCUUCCUGGCACCACAUGUUUAAACCAUGUGGGGUCAUAUAUAUGUGGUCCAUGCUCUUCCAUUCAAGGUUAUUGGAAUUAUUAUAGGAGAAAUGAAUGCUGCAAGUUCAGGCAAGACAAUUGUGGAGCAGCUACUUCAUUUUCACAAUGGCCAUCAGCGGUUUACAUACAGAUUGGGGAAGAUAAGUCAUGUACUGGGAGUUUAAUAUCUUCUAAGUGGGUAGUUGCUGCUGCUCAUUGCUUUGAGAAUAGCAGUCAGUCAAAUAUUAGUGUUAUAAUGGGAAAUGAAAAUGUUGGACAUUUUAACGUACAUGAACAAACAUGCAAUGUCAUACAGGUGACUAUACAUGAACAUUAUAACUACCCGUACAAUAACUUUGCCCUGCUUCACUUGGGCUGUCCUGUGAUUGAGUCUUCCUAUAUAUUGCCUGUCUGUCUACCAAAUGGAGAGGAAACCGCUGUUGGAGAAAAGUGUUGGGGUCUUGGAUACCAAAAGUUGCCCAAUUCUCAAGGACAUAUACUUCAAGCUGUUAGCCAACCAAUUGCAUCCAUUGAAACUUGUCAGGGUCAGGUCAACGUUUCAAUCAAUAACUCAAUGAUAUACGGUGGUCACGUGACAGAGACUUAUAAAGGACCUCUGCUCUGCCAGCGUUGCAAUAGUUGUUCUUGGUAUUUGGCGGGAAUGCAUAGUUUUGGUAGUGAAAUGAAUCAUACCAAUGGUGUGUAUACUAGAAUCACAACACUUGAGAAUUGGAUAACUGAACACACAGCUGUAAGAAGCACACGCCAGCCUUGUGUACACGCAACAUGGACCUUGUGGGGAGCAUGGUCAAGAUGUGAGUCUUGCUUUAAAGGUUUUCGAAAUCGAACUCGAAGUUGUGAGAAUCCUGGUGAUUUGGGUUGCCCAGGUUAUCCCAUUCAUCAAGAGUUAUGCCAACCCAAUAAUUGCCAGUCUUGAAACAUCAUGAACUAAGAUGCAAGAAACUUUCUUGCUGGUUUGUCAAUCAAUAAAAUUAACCUAUCAACAAACGGUUGUAUUUUUUUGGUAGU